AUGUGUUCAAAUGAUCAGUGCUUCCGGUGUUCUUUAAUAUGCCCACCAUGUCCACCCCCACAAAUUCCACCUGAUCCGAGUUAUCCUUGUCCAACUCCUUGCACAAUAAUAACGUGUUCUUUACCACCACCACAAACCAGGAGACCAAAAUUAAGUUGCAAAGCAUAUUUUCCGAAAAUUGAACCUAUUAAAGCUAUCAGAUUUGCACCAGCCGCUAAUCCGCCUCAUGGUUGCGGACAAUGGACGAAUCUUACUUAUCGUCCGAUAAUUCAAGGUGGUUUCAGUUAUUACGGUGUUGAUAAAUUAAUUCCACGUGGUCCACCACCUGGACCGCCUGUUCUUUGCCGACCAACUCCGAUCAAACCUUCCGAUUCACCUGGUAUGAUAGUUUACAGUGCUCCGUAAAUAUUCUUAUAGUUAUAUUGUUAUAAAAAAAUGUAUUUAUCAAAUUUUAUUAAUAUACGUUUAAAGAGAAAUAUACGUUUAAAAAAAAAUAUGUUUAAAGAGAUAUAUUAAAUUAUAAUAUUACAAUAAAUUAUUCAUAUGCAAAAGCUCAUAUGUAUUUCAAACUUAUGUACGCAUAAAUAUACACACAUAUAAUAUACCAUAGUUAUGUUUCAUAAAUUUGAAUGAGUCAUAAUGUUUUACGAAUGUCCAAUUUACUCCUUCUACGUCGUCAAAAAGUGACGAACAGUUAGGAAUCUCCGCGUAUAAAUUCACUUACUCCAUUUAUUGUUUAAAG